AUGUCCGAAGUCGAGAAAGUCUACGUUACGUACAACCAUGUGCACAAGCUUUGUCAGAAUGCUGCUCCUCGCAUCCUUGCGGACUUCAAGCCCAGUCUGAUCAUUGCGAUUGGAGGUGGUGGAUAUGUACCGGCGCGCAUUCUCCGUUCGUUCCUCAAGGAAGGUCCGGGCAACCCAAACGUUCCCAUUCAGGCCAUCGGCCUCUCCCUCUACGAAUCUCUCGGUGGCGACGAGGUGGAGAAGCCCGGCACCAAAGUAACUCGGACUCAAUGGCUCGAUCUCAGCAGCUUGGAGAUGUCAAACCUCAUCGGCCGCAACGUGCUUAUCGUUGACGAGGUGGAUGAUACCCGGACAACUCUCGAGUACGCGGUGAAGGAGCUGCAGAAGGACGUCGAGACUGCAGCGAAGCAGCUGGGCCGAACCAGUGAGAGCACAAAAUUCUCCAUUUUCGUGCUACACAACAAAGACAAGAAGAAGCGCGGCACUCUGCCAAGUGACAUGAUGGAGGAGAACCGCUAUCUAGCCGCGCUGACCACCCAAGACGUGUGGAUCUGCUAUCCUUGGGAGGCUACCGACAUCGAUGAGCAUGACCGCUUGGCCGCCCAGCAGAAGGUUGCGGACGAGGGCAUUGGUGCCAACACCGUGCCGUGA